AUGAAUGAAUGUAUAUUUGAUUUAAACUAUGUCGACACCGUUUCGCCUUUAUCUAAGGCUGCUGUUAAUGGUGAUGUGGAUUCUAUUAAAGCACUGUUAAAAAGUGGAAAAUUACCCCAAACGGUCGACAAUCGUGGAUGGAGUGCAAUUCAUUACUGUGCUGCAGCAAAUCAAGUUGAUGCAUUAAAAUGUUUGCUGAAAUUAAACGCAAAAAAAAAAGAAUAUCUUGUAAAUUUAACAACAUGGGAAAAUGUUACAUCUUUAAUGCUUACAUUAAAAACCAAGUCUCCUUCUUUAGAAAUUAUUAGGACAUUACUUAAAGCUGGAGCAGAUCCAAAUAUUUAUAUAAAAAAAUUUACUCCUCUGCAUUUUGCUGUGACUGUCUCUCAAGAUUUAGAAACAAUUAGUUAUCUUGUGAACAUUUGUGAUUUAUUUCUUAAAAAUACUUUUAAUAGAACUGCAUUUUCUGAAGCUUGUUUUUCAAAUUUUUCACAGGCAGUUAAAAUAUUUUUAAGUACUAAUAAAAAUAUUAUGAAGGUUAAUGAUGAAGUUCCUCCCUUAGUUUAUGCAGCAUAUAAUGGAAAUUUAGAAAUGGUGAAACUUUUUCUUGAAUUGGGUGCAAAUGUUAAUACAGUAUGCAAAGCGAUAUUGCCAAAUGUUGAUGAUGCCAAUGAAGGUAUUUACCUAGACUUAGAGAAUUAUCUUCCUAUACAUUCUGCUUUGAGUAAUAUAGAUGUAUUCAAAGUAUUAUUAUCUCUAACUGAUUCCACUGCCAUCCAAAACCUAAAUAAUAAUUAUUGUGAAUUUCCUCUUUUUAUUUUAUUGUUUGCACAAAAUGUUAUUUUUUAUGAAGAACUUCUUCAGAGUCAGUUUCCAACAGAAUUAAAAGUAAUAAGUUGCAGAAGUCUAAUACAAUUUAUUUUAAAUUGCUCUUGGGAAUUACCAAUUCUUUUAGAUAAAUUUAAAAUUUGUUUCAAAUAUAAUUUUCAUUUAGAACCAGAAGAUGUUUUUCAAAGUUUUUUUUAUUUGUUGUCAGAGGAAGAAUUGAAAAAAAAUUAUUUAUUUGUUUAUCAAUUAGCAACCAUGGGCAUUUCCUCAGGGGACCAAUUUUCAAAUAAACUCUCUGUUUUGUCUGUUUUAAAAAAUAUCAAAAGUAAUGAAAGUACAAGAACAAACGACUUAGCUGACAAAACAUUGGCAUUAUUAGAACAAAAUAAUAAUUUUACGCCGUUAUAUAAGAUCUUUUGUAAAAAAUAA